AUGGCAUUGGAAGUUCAGGUUGCAGAGACAGCCUAUGUCUUCUAUAAUGUAAGUGAAGAAUCAUUAAGCAGAUGUCCUGCCCUAGGACUGAGUUACAUCUGGUACAGCAAAGUCACGUCCCCAACAGUCAAAGCAAAUCAAAGGCAAGGCUACACUGCAAAAGACAAACAGUGUCAGGGCUUUGAUGACAAACAGGGAAAUGGAACAUAUAUUCCAGGUUCACUGGCCAAAAUUGAUGGUUGCAAAUUGACUGAGAAGAAAUGCCCUCCACCACCUGAUGUUGUGUCAGGCCAUGGUGACUUGCCUCUUACUCAGAAAGGAGAGUGGGUAUUACAGCCGCCUGACCAAACGGUUGCUGGUGUUGAUUUUACUGCAGCUGUUGUCCUUUGUCUGCUUUCUUCUAUCAUGUCAUCACUGACGAUGCCAACUGGCACCAGGAUCCUGGGAAAGUCGACCAGCUCCUACGAAAAUACAAUGGCCCCCUCGUCCAGAAUCCGUGCCUAUGCCAACAAGAUAAGCCUUCUUCAGAUCAUUCAGUCUUACGUUCAAGAAGCAGGAAUAGGCAAGGCUCUGAAGAUGCUAGGUUAUACAGUUCUAUGCCUGUGCUUUCUCAUCAACCUUCAUGGGGGCACUUUCUCAUUGGCUUUGACAAAGGAUGAGGUGUACGCAAACAUCAGCAACCGGCAUAUAAUAACGGACCAGGAUGCAGAUUCCUUGAUAAACAUCCAAACGCCUACGGUUUAUAAAGACUACCUGGCAAGAGACUGCAGGCAUGCUUACCACCGUGGGAGGACCCAGAAUGGCCUGUAUGUCAUCCGUCCGAAAUACACUUCUCAAUUUGUUGCUGUCUACUGUGAUAUGGAUUACGAUGGAGGUGGCUGGACAGUUCUGCACAGAAAUGAUGUCAGCCAAAAGACACCGUGGUCAGGCUCAUGGCAGGAUUAUAAGCAGGGCUUUGGGAACUUGCGGGGAAACCACUGGCUUGGCAAUGAAAUCAUAUACCUCUUAACCAGGCAGAAUGCCUUCACUGUGCGAUUUGUCAUUGUUGAUGGUAAUGGAAAGAAUAAGUACGCUGAGUACCAGAGCUUCAGGGUGGACAGUGAAUCUACUGGCUAUGUCUUGAGGCUAGGGAAUUACACAGGGGAUGCAGGGGAUGCCCUGACCACAGUGGGUGAAUCGGGAAUCCAUGACAACAUGAGGUUUUCCACUGAAGACAGGGAUAAUGACCGGAGGGCCAGUACGAAUUGUGCACUGGACAACGGUGGUGGCUGGUGGUAUGAUAACUGUUACUCAGCCCUCCUCACCAGUGGCCAGCACAUUUACUGGAAGGGAUUGUGCACACAGACUAGCAACUGCAAAGUAGCAUCCAUCAUGAUUAGACCAAAUGGGAAAAACUGCCACCUACCUCGAAGGUAUUAA